CACAUCGGCGUGACACCUCGUAUUACUUCUGACAACAAAGGAAAGAAAGAAAAGCAAAGCAAAGCAAAACAAAGCAAAGAAGCAGAGAUCUUCCCAAAAAAGAAGAAGCCGAUCUUCAUUUGCAGAGAGAGAUUGAUGGAGAGGAAGGAGAUUGUGGUCUGCAUCUGUGUGGGUUUUCUUGGGAUGUUAGCUGCUGCUUUGGGCUUUGCUGCAGAGGCCAAAAGAAUAAAGGUUUCCGAUGUUCAAUCGACUAGUAGUGGUGUAUGUACAUACCCAAGGAGCCCAGCUUUAGCUCUUGGGCUAACCGCAGGAGUUGCUCUUGUAUUAGCUCAAGCAAUUCUCAACACUGCAGCUGGGUGCAUCUGUUGCAAGAAACAACCACACUUUUCUCGUUCCAAGCGGAUAAUAUCCUUGAGCUGUUUUGUUGUUUCCUGGGUAGCGUUCGUAAUAGCAUUUCUCCUGCUGCUGACCGGCACUGUACUGAACGACGAACAUGGUGAAGGAGGGAUGUACUUUGAUGACUACUGUUAUGUGGUCAAGGGCGGUGUCUUUUCGGGAGGAGCAAUCUUGUCCCUAGCAAGCUUGUCUUUAGGAAUCUUCUAUUACGUCACUCUAUCAUCAGCUAAGAACACACAUUCUUGGGGCCCCCACCACAAUCAAGGCAUCAUGCUGGCACAGCCUCAGUUCCCGCCCGGGAGCAUGCAACCAGUUUUCAUGCCCGAAGACACGUACAACAGGCAGCAAAUUCCUUGAUGGCUUCCCCUCUUUCCAGGUUUGGUUUUGGAGUAUGGCCAUUGAAUCUCUAUGUACUUGGUCUUUGUGAGAUCAGUUGAACUUUUCUCUGCGCAGCUUGAAGAGCUGGAGAGUGAUGCAAGGGAUAUUACUGUGUAUCAGAAACAGAUGAUAUUUAUUCGGUAAGGACACUGUCGAGUGUAUUCAGAUACUCUGUAAAUUUCACUUCAAUGAUACAAAAGAUGAAUUGUGAAUUGCCCUUCUUUGGGGCAUUGCUCUA